GCCAGCAGGACGUUUGUGGUCAACGGUCAGUUCCCGCACUUGUGCGAGGAAUUUCUUGCUCCUGCAGCCGCCGUCAAGUUCUUCCGAGUCUGCUGGGCGCGCAGGCAGCUGAGCUGGAGGGAGUUCGAUACCCAGGUGAUCGGAGGAGGAGCUGAGGACAAGCUGGAGAAGGGGUCGAUCCGAGAGAUCUUCCUGAGAGACUGGAAGGAGCUGGGACUACCAGCCGCCCCCGCUGCAGAUCUCGAGCUCGUCUUCGCCUCCUCGUCCUCCUGGGAGUUCCUGCGGGACAGGAGGCUGUGGCUGGGGGAGGACCUGGCAGGGGAUGAGGACCGUCGGCUGUUGGUU